UUUUAAGCGAUAAUUGUGGGGAAAUGGAGAAAAGGAAGUCCAAGGGUGAUAUAGACAACCUAAGAAGGAACCUACGCAAAAUGAAUGUCAAUAACUUCUUCGAUACAGAAUUUGAAAACAAACCAAGGAAUAGAUCCAAUGCUAGUAGAAGAGGCAAGAGAGCUAAUAAUAAAGACCGUAGUAAAGACCGUGAUGUCGACCUUGACAAAAUUCGGAAGGAGAAAAUAAAGAUGCUGCAAAAUAAAGAUAAUUCAAAUCAGUUCAAACUGACCGAAUCAAAAUUGCAGCGAAGCAGUGAUGCUAUCUCCUACUCUUCUCCUUCUCGUUCUGGUAACCCUCGAAAGAAGAGGACGAGCAUCUUUACUAAAACCAGUGAGAUAAAGCCUAAGGUGAAAGAAGAGUCUAAGCUGGAGUCCAUCAUGGAAAAUGCUAGGAAGAAAGUGUUUAAGCCUGAAUCCUGGCUUAAAAUUAAGGCCUCCAAAUGUUUCCGCAAUAAGGGAACAAAAUACGUGCAAGGGAAAGUCUGUGAGUUCAAUAUGCCUCCACAUCGUAACAUUAAGAAGGGAGCUAUUAUCAAUGUUGUCCUCCACCAGAGCUGUCAGGAAAUCAUCCAGGAGUUCGUAGAGAGUCAAAAAGAUCAAGAUGCGUUCAUUUCAGUGAAAUCCCCAGUGAUAAUCAUGGACACUCCAGGUAUCAGGCGCAGAAGUAUAGUCAUUAUCUGUGACGAGUGUUUCCCAGAGGAAGAUAUCUAAUCUCAAAGGCAUUAUUGUAAAUGU